AUGAUAGGUGCUGGUCCACCGCUUAAACGCAGAAUUAACCUCAGUAAAUUCUCAGAUUCACCAAAUGAUAUAAAUAACUCUCAGAUUAAAUCGAAUGUUAACCCUUAUAAUGGUCUAAAUUAUUCUCAGAGAUACUACAAAAUACUGGAAGUUCGUAAAACACUUCCAGCAUGGAUGGAAAGGGAACGAUUCCUUGAAUUACUAGCUAGAAAUAACACACUAAUUUUGAUAGGUGAAACCGGUUCAGGUAAAACUACCCAAAUUCCGCAAUUUGCCUUGUCAGCUUCAUGGCUUGGUAACAAAUCAAUCGCCGUAACCCAACCCAGACGAGUAGCCGCUAUAAGUGUAGCAGCUAGAGUAUCCGAAGAACUAGACGUGGAACUAGGGUCUUUUGUUGGAUACUCUAUCCGAUUUGAAGAGAAAUCCUGCCCUUCAACCCGAUUAAAAUUCCUAACCGAUGGAAUGUUGUUGAGGGAGGCGCAAAGUGAUAAUUUAUUGAGCAAGUAUGGAUUAAUAGUCCUGGAUGAAGCUCAUGAGAGAACUAUCUCGACAGAUAUUUUAUUUGGCAUAGUGAAGGGUGUUAUUGAAAAGAGGACGGAUUUGAAGGUUGUUGUAAUGUCCGCAACAUUAGACGCUGGGAAAUUUAGGAGCUAUUUCAAGCAUGCAGAGGUGCUAAUGAUCCCUGGAAAAAUGUAUCCAGUCGAAAUAAUUUACUCCAACAAACCAGAAAAGGAUUAUCUAAAAAGUGCAGUGGCUAAGGUUGUUGAAAUUCAUAGGAAUGAGCCGCAUGGUGACAUCCUUGUAUUUCUCACAGGAGAAGAAGAAAUUGAAAAUGGAAAAUUACUUAUUGAAAAGGCGCUGCUAGAAUAUGACGAUAUUGAUACACAAUUAUUUGUUUUCCCCCUCUAUUCAUCCCUUCCUUCAGCACAACAAUCAAAAGUUUUUGAAACGGUUAACGGGAGAAAGUGCAUACUAUCAACAAACAUUGCAGAGACAUCACUAACAAUAGACGGAAUUGUAUAUGUAAUAGACACUGGGUUUAGCAAACAGAAGGUUUACAACCCUAGGACAAGGAUGGAAUCGCUUCUAGUUUCACAGAUCAGCAAGGCCUCAGCCAACCAGCGUACGGGAAGAGCCGGCAGAACCAGACCUGGCAAAUGCUUUAGGCUAUAUACUGAAUUUUCAUAUUCUACCUUAGUAGAAUCUACCUUCCCAGAAAUUCUAAGGUCCAAUAUUUCCUCAGUUAUAUUGAGCCUGAAGAAACUUGGCAUUGAUGAUUUGGUACACUUUGAUUUUAUGGAUCCUCCGGCGCCUGAGACUAUGAUGCGCGCCUUGGAGGAAUUAAACUUUUUGGGCGCUCUUGAUGAUGAGGGAGAGCUUACAAGCAAGGGAUCUAUUAUGGCAGAUUUCCCAAUUGAACCACAACUGGCCAGAACUCUUAUAGAUUCGGGGCACUACAAAUGUACUUCUUCAGUGCUUAGUAUCAUUGCCAUGCUAUCAGUCCCAUACUGCUUCAUAAGGCCCAGAGAUAGAGCCAACCAGGCCGAUGAAAUGAAGAGUCAGUUCUCGCAUGAGGGGGGGGAUCAUAUGACGCUACUCAAUGUAUUUAAUGACUUUGUCAAGAAAUGUGAUGUGACGCCUGAUUAUUUUGAUGUAGAUACUUGCAAAAGCUAUUGCAAUACUAACUUCCUCAACUUUAGAUCAUUUUCCAAUGCCAUUAACGUACGCAAACAGUUGGAUAAGUUAUUGCACAAACAUAACCUAGUUAACGACGAUAACAACAGGGAGGAAUCUGCCAUAAUCGAUGCUUUUUUGAACGGAUUCUUCCAACAAGUUGCUCUUAGGAGUUCCAAGGGGCAUUAUCUAACUCUUCGUGAUGGACAAAUGGUAUUAUUGCACCCAAGCACUGUAUUACUCACUCAUCCCGAAUGGGUUAUAUACCACGAAUUUGUCCUAACUACAAAAAGUUAUAUCAGAACUGUUAGUGCUAUAAAGGGGAGCAAAUUAGCAAAAUUAGCAUCUGAGUAUCUGCAGAACAUUGAGUUGAAGGGUGAAGUUUUGCACAAAGUUAGAUCGCUCUCCAGAUUUUAG